UCGGAAACUCGGUUGGGAGACACGGCUGGAUCUCCGGCCCGUCGGUGAAGGUCAGUACCGGGUAGCGUGAUAGAUCGUCCUGGGAAGGAGCUUCACGCAUAAAAUCGCCCCAGGAGGAGGAUCGCCACCCCUGAGCUUGCCCUGGUAUCUACGUUCCCAUGGCGACCCUUAUCCGUGUGUUCGCGGCAAGUUGCGGCGGCCCCCUGGCUUGUGGGGCAUCCCGUGCCCCCCUGCGGACCCCUAGGACAUUCCAGUCACAUCACCUGCGUUUCUUUGGCACCAACAGGCCGCUCUGCCGAGCCGCUGGACCAGGCCUCCCGUACAAGCAGCUGACCGUUGGUGUCCCCAAGGAAAUUUUCCAGAACGAGCGGCGGGUGGCUCUGUCCCCCGCUGGCGUGCAGGCGCUCAUCAAGCAGGGCUUCAACGUGGUGGUGGAGUCGGGUUCCGGGGAUGCUGCCAAGUUCUCCGACGAGCUCUACACUGCUGUGGGGGCCACCAUCAAGGAUGUCCGGGAUGUGCUGGCCUCUGACAUCGUGCUGAAGGUGCGUGCCCCCAUCUUCAACCCAGCGCUGGGUGUCCAUGAGGCGGAGCUCCUGAAGGAGGGCUCCACGCUGGUGAGCUUCGUGUACCCGGCCCAGAACCCCGAUCUGAUGGAGCAGCUGGCCCAGCGCAAGGCCACCGUGCUCGCCAUGGACCAGGUGCCCCGUGUCACCAUCGCCCAGGGGUACGACGCCCUCAGCUCCAUGGCCAACAUCGCAGGGUACAAGGCCGUGAUCCUCGCCGCCAAUAACUUUGGCCGCUUUUUCACUGGUCAGAUCACCGCUGCUGGGAAAGUCCCCCCCGCAAAGGUGCUGAUUAUCGGAGGUGGGGUUGCGGGGCUGGCCGCCGCGGGGACCGCCAGAGCCAUGGGUGCCAUCGUGAGGGGCUUUGACACCAGAGCGGCAGCGUUGGAGCAGUUCAAGUCUCUGGGUGCGGAGCCUCUCGAGGUGGACGUGAUGGAGUCCGGUGAGGGCCAGGGCGGCUACGCUAAGGAGAUGUCCAAGGAGUUCAUCGAGGCCGAGAUGAAGCUGUUUGCCAAGCAGUGCCUGGACAUUGACAUCCUCAUCAGCACGGCCCUCAUCCCUGGUAAGAAGGCACCGGUGUUGAUCACCAAGGAGAUGGUGGAGACCAUGAAGGAGGGCUCUGUGGUGGUAGACCUGGCUGCGGAGGCCGGUGGCAACAUCGCGACCACAGUUCCUGGGGAGCUUUCGGUGCACAAGGGUGUGACCCACGUCGGCUAUACGGACCUGCCCAGCCGCCUCGCCGCGCAGGCCAGCUCGCUGUACUCCAACAACAUCAUCAAACUGCUGCGCGCCAUCAGUCCCGACAAGGAGAACUUCCACUAUGAGGUGAAGGACACCUUUGACUAUGGAACCAUGGACCACGUCAUCCGCGGCACUGUCGUCAUGCAGAACGGCAAGCUGAUCUUUCCAGCCCCCCAGCCCAACAACAUUCCGGUGGCUGCACCUGUGAAGGCCAAGACUGUGCAGGAGCUGGAGGCGGAGAAGGCAGCGGCCGUGACCCCCUUCAGGGCCACCAUGACCACCGCCGGGAUGUACACGGGGGGUCUGGCCACCUUGGUGGGUCUCGGCAUCAGUGCCCCCAAUGCCGCCUUCCCGCAGAUGGUCACCACCUUUGGUUUGGCUGGCAUCGUGGGCUACCAUACCGUGUGGGGGGUGACGCCCGCCCUGCACUCCCCGCUGAUGUCGGUCACCAACGCCAUCUCCGGUCUUACCGCUGUGGGGGGGCUGUCGCUCAUGGGGGGUGCCUACACCCCCACCAACACUGCGGAGACUCUAGCUGUCUUGGCGGCCUUCAUCUCCUCCGUUAACAUCGCGGGUGGAUUCCUGGUCACCAAGAAGAUGCUGGACAUGUUCAAACGUCCCACUGACCCCCCUGAGUACAACUAUCUGUACCUGUUGCCGACGGGGGUGUUCGUUGGGGGCUAUAGUGCCGCCCUUCAUAGCGGAUAUAACAUCGAACAGAUGAUGUACCUGGGCUCGGGGUUGUGCUGCGUCGGUGCCCUGGCAGGCCUCUCCACACAGUCCACGGCGCGGCUCGGCAAUGCCCUCGGCAUGAUCGGCGUGGCCAGCGGCAUAGCUGCCACCUUGGGGGCCUUGAAGCCGUCCCCGGAGCUGCUGGCACAGAUGAGCGCCGCCAUGGCUGUGGGAGGCACUGCUGGUCUGACCAUCGCCAAGCGGAUCCAGAUCACAGACCUGCCCCAGCUGGUGGCGGCCUUCCACAGCCUGGUGGGCCUGGCGGCCGUGCUCACCUGCGUGGCCGAGUACAUGGUAGAGUACCCACACUUCGCCACCGACCCCGCAGCCAACCUCACCAAGAUCGUGGCCUACCUGGGCACCUACAUCGGAGGCGUGACUUUCAGUGGCUCCCUCGUGGCAUACGGAAAGCUGCAGGGUUUCCUGAACUCUUCCCCCCUCAUGCUCCCCGGCCGACAUGCGCUGAAUGCCGGCCUGAUGCUGGCCAGCAUCGGGGGGAUGGUGCCGUACAUGUUGGAUCCCAGCUACACCACGGGACUCGCCUGCCUGGGUUCUGUCUCUGCGCUCUCUGCCGUCAUGGGCCUGACGCUGACCGCCGCCAUUGGGGGUGCUGACAUGCCCGUGGUCAUCACCGUGCUGAACAGCUACUCUGGCUGGGCGCUGUGCGCUGAGGGGUUCCUGCUCAACAACAACCUGCUCACCAUCGUGGGGGCUCUCAUCGGCUCAUCGGGGGCAAUCCUGUCCUACAUCAUGUGUGUGGCCAUGAACCGCUCUCUGGCCAAUGUGAUCCUGGGUGGCUAUGGUACCUCCUCCACUGGAACGGGGAAGCCCAUGGAGAUCACAGGCACCCACACGGAGGUCAACGUAGACCAGACUGUGGAGAUGAUCAGAGAGGCCCACAAUAUUAUCAUCACGCCAGGCUACGGUCUGUGUGCCGCCAAGGCGCAGUAUCCCAUCGCGGAGCUGGUGAAGAUGCUGACAGAACAGGGGAAGAAAGUCAGGUUCGGUAUCCAUCCAGUCGCUGGCCGCAUGCCAGGGCAGCUGAACGUCCUUCUGGCCGAGGCUGGUGUGCCCUACGAUAUGGUCCUGGAGAUGGAGGAGAUCAACGAGGACUUCCCAGACACUGAUCUGGUUCUGGUGAUCGGGGCGAACGACACCGUGAAUUCCGCUGCCCAGGAGGACCCCAACUCCAUCAUCGCCGGCAUGCCUGUACUGGAGGUGUGGAAGUCCAAGCAGGUUGUGGUGAUGAAGCGAUCCCUGGGUGUGGGCUAUGCCGCUGUGGACAACCCCAUCUUCUACAAGCCCAACACCGCCAUGUUGCUGGGAGAUGCUAAGAAGACCUGCGAUGCCCUGCAGGCCAAAGUCCGUGAGGUCAGCCAGUGACCUCAAAGGCCGCAGGGGGGCACUGUCACCUCCCCAGGAAAAAAAAGUUGGUGUAACAAGUCAUAGAAAUAACCUUCUUGUUGCCUGUAGCUUUUUUUUGCCAAACAUUAAGCAAGUAUUAAUGACAUUAGAUAUUUAGGUUAGGUUAAUCUUUUUAUGUGAAGUGUUGCCCCAUUAACCCUAUGUCCCCCCCAGUGAUUACAGAAAGAGGAGGAGCAGCCAUCUUGUAUUUUGUAAAGCACUUAAUCCUGCAUAUGUUAUAUAUCAUGGUUCAUUUUUGAUAUAAGCAGAUCUAUUAGCUGGUUAAGCUAAACGAGACAAAUUUUGUUAAAUAUUUAGAUUACGGCCUAGCAUUUCAAAUUACUUUAAUUUCAUCACUAGAUCUCCUGUGAUUGUGGGAUUAUUUAGUGUUAGUCUAGACUAUUUUUUAUGGCAGGCAUAGAUGAGUUAGAGAUGUCUAGGGAGGGGGUCCUGGGAAGGUACACGGAGGUUUCAGCCUGUGGAAGGACCAGGACGGAGGCCCAUUCCAGAGGAACAUGAUCGGGAUGACCCUGCCGUCUUCUCUCUCCGUUUCAAAGAUUUAGCCGUCAAAUGAAGUAAAGCCAGACUAAUUCAGUCUUAGAUUUGGACUCCUUUUCCACGACGGGGCUGCCUGCUGGCUCAGAGGUGACCGGGACCUUGACAUAAGAUGACGUCUUACUCCUUUGCUGUAAAUCGGUGAAGGACUAUCGGUUGCUUACCUAGAUGUAAAUUCCCCUGUGUGGACUGUGCUCAGUUCUUUCAUAAAGCACAUGUAUUCCAUUAGUCAUUUCGUUCAUUCACUCUGGGACCUGAUGCAGUCCUUAAAUGGAGACUGACAGCAUUACCAACACAACAGUCCUACCUCUCCACUUCUUAAAACGACCAUUUCCAUCAUUCUGCUGACAAAUGGUUCCAUAUCCAGCUUCCUUUUUGUCCGAGUUUUCUGUUGUUUUUAUGGGUAUAAACUUGAGCUUGGAUGUUCUGUGGUGUUACUUUUUGUGCUGGUCUCACAUUUACCUCCACAAAAUUUUCCUUUAUAUUCCAUGGUUCCAGGUUCAUAUUUUUAUUAUUUUAAAAUUUACCUGCUUCUGCCCUGAGCGUGUGGUAGGAAGGGCCAAUCGAUGAAAUGGGACUGAGCUUUAAGGCUGUUGCAAGUCGGUCACUUUUUCAUAUGGAAAGAUGUUCCAUUUGUGUAGAGAUGUUCUUUACUACUUCGUAGGGAAACAAUAAAAUGGAAGAGUGACCCUCAA